UAGAUUCUGCAGCAAUUACUAAUGUUAUCGGUCAAGCGAAAUUAUUACAAAUAGAAGAUAAACUAUUGCAAUACAUUAAUACAUUUGCAAAAUAUUACCAAGGAUAUUCCGAAGAAUUAUAUGCUCUCACUCUAGAUUUGUCAGAACAAGAUCCGUUUAUGAGAAAUGAAGUUAAAUCUGCUUAUAAUACAAAAUUUACUGAAA